AAAAUGAUCUCCGCCUCCUCCGAGGUUUACUCCAUCCGCUGAUCUAAAAGCGUAAACUGGCUGUCUGUGCCUGGCUUUAGACCAAUCCAGCAUAUGUGAAAUCGUGCAGCCCGUUGCAGCUCGGAGUCCAGCGCUUGUGUGAUUGGCUGCUUUUUUGGGCUGCAUUUGCGGACGCUCGAAUUUAGCCGACAAUCAAAUAUCUAACCUCUAAAUUGAGAAAAAAAAAACUGUGCAGCCCCGCACUACUAACACCACUAAUCGCUACAAUACAUUUUACGAUUAUCUUAAUAAAUUACGUGGUUAUUUCAACGGACAUGGCUAUUACAUCGUAUUUAACAACCACCAAACACGAGUCACUGCUUGGUGGAGGCUUUUAUUUUGACAGCAGAACUUUUACCCGGAAAAUACUGACAGUAAACACAUGAAUCGUCGGUAGUCCAAAGUCCAUCUUUUGAGAGUAUUUCACCAGUCUUCCUCAGUGUUCAGUUUUGCAUGACUGCAGGGUGAUGUUCAGGAGUGUUCUCAGGUGCCUUAGGACCAACUCUGUUGCUGGCCAAAGAAGUAUGUCUCAAAGCAGCCUUGCUGGAAAGGUAGCCAUAGUCACUGCCUCCACAGAUGGAAUCGGUCUGGCUGCAGCUCAGGCUCUGGGAAAGAGAGGAGCCCAUGUGGUGGUGAGCAGCCGACGGCAGGCCAAUGUGGACAAGGCUGUGGCCCUGCUGCAGAGCCAGAACAUCCAAGUGACUGGGACCACCUGUAAUGUUGGCAAUGGAGAAGACAGAGAAAAACUGGUUCAAAUGACUCUGGAGAAGUGUGGUGGUAUUGAUAUCCUGGUGUCCAAUGCAGCAGUCAACCCUUUCUUUGGAAACAUCAUGGACUCCACAGAGGAAGUCUGGGACAAGAUCCUUUCUGUAAAUGUGAAAUCAGCCUUCCUCAUCACCAAGUUGGUGGCACCUCAUAUGGCGAAGCGGGGAGGGGGAAAUGUAGUAUUUGUGUCAUCUGUGGCUGGAUACCAACCAAUGCAGGCUUUGGGUCCUUACAGUGUUAGUAAGACAGCCUUGUUGGGUCUGACCCGGGCCCUGGCCCCUGAGCUGGCUCAGGAUAACAUAAGAGUCAACUGCGUGGCCCCAGGGGUAAUUAAAACCCGCUUCAGCUCUGCGUUAUGGCAAAAUGAAGACAUCACAAAUGAGUUCAAAAAGCAGCUCAGCAUUAAAAGAGUUGGAGAGCCAGAGGAAAUUGGUGGAGUGAUUGCCUUCCUGUGCACUGAGGAGGCUUCCUACAUCACCGGAGAGACCAUCACAGUGACUGGAGGGAUAGGCUGUCGACUCUGAACCUCCAGUGGCAACAAAACUAAUUUGCACUUAAUUGUGUGUAGAUUAUUUUUGCCUAUAUUUUGAUUACUUCUGAUAUUGCUCCAAAGUAUUGGCACAGAACAGUCAAAUAGAUUUUGGAUUACUGCCUAAGUUUCUCCUAAGUUUCCUAGGUGAAAUUUGUCAUCUCUGAAUAGAUUUCUAAUCACGAUAUGAAAGUUGACACAAGCUGCUUAUCCUAAAUAGCACACCGCAGAUGAGGUAUAACCUCUCUGUGUCAGCUGUGACAGUUAAAUUCAUCUUUACAGUCUAUUUGAUAAAUGUAAAUUGCAUCAGUUGUCAGAAAACGGAUGUUUAUGAACAGAAAUACAUAUACAACUGACAAAUACAGCUCUGAAAGGUUUAUAAAAUCAUUAAAAAAAAAAAACAAAUGCACCCAAUGUUACUGGCCAUAUUGUAUUAGAGAAGUUCAAGAGCUUGCUUUAUCUUUGUGCCAAUAUCUGGGA